GAACUCUAAAAGCUUAGCAAUAAGAAGUGACAAACUAUAUCAAGUAAUUCGUGUUGUUUUUUUUCCUCAAAGCAAGGCUAAAACCCCACAUAAUUUCUUACUAGGCUUUCUUAACGUAAUCACACUUUUUCAUUUGGUGUAUGUUUUUCCCAAAUUUGUCAUUAGGCUUUCUUUACCUAUUCACACUUUUUCGUUUCCUUCUUUUUCGCACUAUCUUCUUUUUCUGCCCUCCAUUGGAAGUUGCGGAGAAAAACAGUCCAUCAACGAGCCUUAUAUCUGAGAGUUUUCCCGACAUUUAUCCAGGGAGAGCUUUUUCUUUUGCUAAAACAUAGAUACUAUGGCAGCAAUAAUACCCAUCCACACUCUCACUUUCUUUUGCUGCAUUUAUGCAUUUUCACUUUUGCUUCUUCGCUGCACUUCCCUCUCGCAUGAUGGUAUAAUUCUGCUCAAAAUAAAAAUGGGAGAUUGGGAGGACACCCGAAAUGCUUUGAGGGACUGGAAUGAGUCUCACCAAAAUCCAUGUGCUUGGCAAGGAAUCUCCUGUAAUACUUUCAACACCGUUACCACUGUUGAUCUCACGGAAGCCUCCAUUUCUGGCAACUUGACCUCCGCCAUAUGUGGCCUUCCUAAUCUCACGGUGUUGACCCUCCCAGGCAAUGCUUUCCGCGGUCCCUUCCCACGCGGCCUUUUGUAUUGCAAGCGUUUGCACAAGCUCGAUUUAUCCAGCAACCACUUUUCUGGUACUCUGCCCACUCGUAUCUCUGAAUUGAGUGACUUGAAAGAGUUGAAUUUGGCAGGAAAUAGUUUCAGUGGCUCCAUUCCUCCAGCCUUUGGAAUGCUGCGAAAGCUCGAGGCUCUCUUCUUCAGCGAAAAUAGUUUGAAUGGAGAAUUCCCUAAGUUUGUCGGGAAUUUGAAGUCUCUGAAGAACCUCACGUUUGACAACAAUCCUCUGCAUCCUGGUGUGAUAUCCAGCGAGCUCGGCAAUUUAAAGCAACUGCAGCAGUUGUGGCUACAGAACUGUAGUCUUCUGGGUGGAAUCCCAACUUUCUUGGGCAAUUUAACCCAGCUGGAGGAGUUGGACUUGUCGCUGAAUAAUCUCUCGGGUGAGAUCCCUACCAGUUUAAUGGCUCUCUCAAAUUUGACACACUUGUUCCUCUAUGGCAACAAUUUGUCUGGCCAUAUUCCUGCCAACAUUGGCCAACUGAGGAGCAUGUACAGUUUGGAUUUUGGCGACAAUCAACUUCACGGCGCAAUUCCCGAGGGAGUCUCCAAUCUCACAUAUUUGAAUUCUCUCCAUUUGUAUAACAAUCGGCUGACCGGGGAGAUACCUACUGAGCUCGGCAAGCUGCGCUACUUGAGUUAUUUGAAGCUGUUCGGCAACAAGCUCAGUGGAUGGUUGCCGCAGAGUUUGGGUACAUUCUCCAAUCUCAUUCUUGUUGAUCUGGUGGGAAACGAAUUGGAAGGCCCUCUGCCAAAGAAUCUGUGUCGAGGGGGAGAGCUCUACAGCUUUCUUGUCACUUCAAACAAAUUCAAUGGUACUCUGCCUUCGUCCUUUGAAGACUGCAAUUCUCUAGAGUAUCUGUACAUCGACAACAACCAGCUGAGUGGCGAGAUUCCUCCUGGACUAUGGGGUGCUUCCAAUCUCAAGGAAUUAUUUCUCACCAACAAUAAGUUUGAAGGUCAGAUUUCAGCUGCAAUCGGCGAAGCGAAGAAUCUGAGUCGGUUGGAGAUAAGCAAUAAUCGGUUCGAAGGAAGCAUCCCUGCACAAGUUGGACAGCUGACAAAUCUUCAAGUGCUCAAAGCCAGCAACAACUGUUUGUUAGGCCCCAUUCCCCAUGAGCUCGGGCGCUUGAGUUUGCUCAGUACCCUCCAGCUGGACCAUAAUUUUCUCUCAGGGGAAAUUCCCAAAAAUCUAACAUUGCUAAAGAAACUCAGUUGGCUCAAUUUGGCUCACAAUGGACUUACAGGCGAAAUUCCUGCAGCUCUGAACGACAUCAUGAACAAUCUUGAUCUGUCAAACAAUAUGCUUUCUGGCGGAAUUCCUCCCGCCUUAGGAAACCUGAAGCUGUCUGUUUUUAAUGUCUCCAACAAUCAGUUAUCUGGACGCAUUCCGGAUGCUCUAGACAGUAUGACUUUCAAGGAGGAGUUUCUGGGAAAUCCGAGGCUAUGCGGAGGCCAGAAUUUGAUGCUACGACCGUGUUCCUCUCCUCAUAAGUUGUCACCUAAGAUUUUGUCCCUCUUUCUGGUAAUGCUUUUACUUAUAGUUGCCGUGGCGUUGGGCUUCAUUUAUGUACGUUGUUCGCGUCUCAGGAAGCCAAGCAGAACGGAAUCGUGGAUAUUAACUUCAUUCCACUCGACAGAUGUGGACGAGAUAUACAUCCUCAACAAUUUGAAAGCGGCCAACGUGAUUGGAUCCGGGGGUGCUGGAAAAGUUUACAAGGUCAUUCUCAACAACGGGCAACCUGUAGCCGUUAAGAAGAUCAGGAACGUGAGCAGAUUGGGAAGCUUUAAGAGAAAAGGCGAGCAAGAAGAUAAUAAAAGAGGGGAAGUGGAGGUUGAUACAUUGGGGCUUAUCCGGCACAACAACAUUUUAAAGCUUCUCUGCUGCAUUUCAAGUGAAGAGUCCAAUUCUAAGCUGUUGGUAUACGAGUUCAUGCCCAACGGCAGCUUGUUCGACCGUCUGCACGGUGGCCCAGAAACGCCGCUGCAAUGGCCGAUACGUUAUCAGAUCGCUCUUGACGCGGCUCGCGGGCUGAGUUAUAUGCAUCAUGAUUGCCUCCCUCCAAUAUUGCACAGGGAUGUGAAAUCCAGCAACAUCUUGCUGGACGGAGAUUUUGGAGCUAAAAUUGCAGAUUUUGGCGUAUGCAGAGUGCUUGAGAGGUUGGGCGAUGAGUAUACGGUGUCUGGCUAUGUCGGGUCGCACGGAUAUAUAGCCCCUGAAUAUGUUGAGAGGUUAAGGGUGGAUGAGAAAAGUGACGUGUACAGCUUCGGAGUGGUGAUUUUAGAGCUGGUGAGCGGGAGGAAAGCGACGGGUGAGGCAGACUAUGGAGAGGCCGUGGACAUCGUGGGGUGGAUACGCAACACAAUCUGGAUGGGCGGAGAGAGUGAAGUGCUGGAUGAGCGAAUAAUCGAAGAUAAUUGCAUAGAACAAAUGCUACGCCUCUUACGUGUGGGUUUGGUUUGCACGAACAGAGAACCAAAGCAGCGGCCUUGUAUGAGAGUAGUGGUGGAAAUGUUGGAGAAAUGCGGUGGGGAAAAUUGUAAGGAGAGAAGGGAUAAAAUAGAAUUUCCAUAUCUGCAAAGGGUUUCAAGUACACACUCCGAGGGUGACAACGAAAUGAUUUACUUCUCACAUUAACGGACUUGGAAGUGGUAAGUUCUCGACAUCCAAUUUUGACCCAAGAGUAUCCUGACGUCAGCGGUGUAAAUAGAAAAGUAGAACGCGCCAAUGAAACAUUGGAGUAUAUAUGUUUUUCAAGGCAUUUAUGUACUCUUAAAAUUGUAUCGUAGUAUUUUGAGCAAUCUAAGAAUUGUGUAAAAGUGUUAUAUAAAAUGAGUGUAAAGUCUUUAAAAGAUGAGUUCGUUAUCAAAGAUUU